GGGGGGCUCCCCCCGGUCCUCUGCGACCCUCCGUCGUUAAGGGCCGGACGGAGCCCUUCCCUUCCCGCUCCGGGUCCUUCGUAUCUUUAGUCUCACUGGCAGGCCGGCCGGGACAGCUGCAAACACUUCGAACCAGGGCUCGACCGGCCCUGGACCGGGAAUACCCUCCGUGAGGUCGGGGGAGGAGCGGGAGGCGCUGGCCCGGCGGUGCGGGAGCGCCUUGCCUUGGGCUGAUAGGCAGCUGCGGGUCUCCCGUCUUUAACCUGUGAUCACAGACUUGGUUCUUUCCGGAGUCGGCAGAGUGAAGAGUUGUCAGGACACUGAAGGAGACCGAAAAAAGAAAGGGUAAACUUAUGUUCAGGAAGGCAUGGAGGGUCAGGAACUGCCUUAUGUGCUAAUUGACUGUAUAGGAGGGAAGCAUGGAGUAUAUGAAGACCAUGUUGGAUUUCUGCAGAAACAUUUUCAUCUCAUCACCAUGAAAGAAUAUCUUGAAAAUAAGACACUUCUCAGCAAAAAGAUCAGAGCUAUUUAUAUGUGGUAUCACAAACCAGUUGUUAACAAAGAGCUGCUCCAGAGCUUGCCGAACUUGAGGAUAGUUGCAAGUUCUGGAGUGGGAAUAGAUCACUUGGACCUGAACCUCCUCUCUAGCUUUGGUGUGAAAGUGUCCAACACUCCAUUUAUUGUUUCCACUGACACUGCAGACCUGGGAAUGGCUCUGAUGCUGGCAUCUUCCAGGAGACUUGUGGAAGGCUAUGAGAUGGCAGUCUCCCCUGACACAGAGUAUUUCCCUGCUGACUGGCUGGGGGCUGAGGUUUCUGGAGCGACCCUGGGGAUUGUGGGAAUGGGCACCAUUGGUUACAAAGUGGCUGAAAGAGCCAAAGCCUUUGAAAUGAAGAUUUUGUAUCACAACAGGAGUCAGAGAAAAAAAGAAGAAGAAAGUGCCGUUGGAGCUGUUUACUGUAAAAAGAUAGAUGAUUUGCUCCAGCAGUCAGAUUUUGUGUUGCUGACUGUGAACCUAACUCCACAGACACACAAACUGAUUGGGAAGAGGGAGCUGGAGCUGAUGAAACCCACUGCUACUCUCAUUAAUAUUAGCAGAGGUCUGGUAGUGGAUCAGGAUGCUUUGGUGGAAGCCCUUCAAAACAAAGUUAUUAAGGCAGCUGCUCUGGAUGUGACAUAUCCUGAACCUUUGCCAAGGGACCACCCUUUGUUAAAGCUGAAGAAUGUCAUAAUAACUCCACACAUCGGAAGUGCCACCAAGAAGACACGCCGCAUUAUGAUGGAGGAAAUGACAGAAAGCAUACAGGCGGGCCUUGCAGGUCUUCCUAUCCCUCAUGAAGUGUUGCCAUAACGUGGCUUGCACUUAACAUUAAUGCCGUUAGUGGUUAUCCCGGCGUGACAAAACAGUAAUUCGAUCACUUUUCAUGUAAUUAUCCCAUGAGUAUUACACAGAUAAAAUAUAUAAUGUUUAAUUUGUUUAAAUAACAGACAGCAAUUCUGUCUGGAAAACCUGCAGUAUUUUGUCGUGACCUUCAAUGAAAAACCCCAAUGUCUUG